GCAUGAAGAACCAUGCUAAGGCGUUCUACAGAUACCCACUCAGACAUCGAACAGCACACUGCACACGUACUCUUGCUCCCUCUCCCCUUCUGCCCACUCACUCCAACGAAACAACUCCUCCACCAACUCAUUCGGUUCGCUCGUCCCGUCCCCGCGAAUCACCUCCCGUCGCUUGAACCCACCCGACCCCCGUUUCAGCAAGCCAGCCAGCCACCGUCGCCUCCUCCUCCCUUGCGCUCUCGGCUGCGUGGAAACCCGGCGGCAUUCACUCGCAGAUAGACUCGCUGCAGAGAUUGGUGCGACACAGCAGAGUACAAAACUCUGUCGCUUCCCCGCCCACCGCAAGGCAUAGCUCUCUCCACCUCACACCUACCUUUCCCCACGAACGAACGACGAAAAGAAACCAUGUCGUUCAACCAAGUAGCUUACCAGAACCGCGCGAUCCGCUCCAUCCAAAAUGAGCUCGAUUUCCUCGUCGAAACCGGCGUCCUCACCUCCUCGCAGAUGUCGCAGAUCCUCAACAUCCUCCCGAACCCAUCCGGCGUAACCGCUACCUUGCGCGCACAGACUCCCGCCACGAUGGCGCCGGCCCAGUCCGCCACACCCGCCGUCCCGCAUAUGGGUUUCACACCGCCCAUGUCGCCUCCUGCGUCGACCAAAACGCCAGCCCACGAGAAAGCGAUGCAGCCCAUCUCCGGCCCCACGCCGCCGCAGCCGCCGCCACCGAGCUACACCGCAUCAGCGGGGAUCCUGUCGCGCGCCGAGGCGAUGUGGGCGUUCAACGGCUCCGAAGCCGGCGAUCUGUCGUUCCAGGCGGGCGAGACGAUCGAGGUCAUCGAGAAGAUCAAGGACGACUGGUGGCGCGGACGGGUCAUGGGGCAGAUUGAGAUUGGACUCUUCCCGAGCUCGUAUGUGAAGGAGACGCAGGUGCUGGGGAACGGCGCGGGGAAAUUGCCGGGUCUGCCGCCGAGGAAGGAGACGGGAUACUCGGCGUACGGACCCGGUGGGAACAUGAUGACUGAUGUCACCCAUGGAUCUGGGAGUGGGGAGUACCAGAAUGAGGAGAAGAAGGGUGCGCUGGGAAAGAACGGGGAGAAGUUUGGGAAGAAGCUGGGAAAUGCUGCGAUCUUCGGUGCCGGUGCAACAAUCGGCGGCAAGAUUGUUAACGGCAUUUUCUAAGCGAUUGGCGAGAGACGUUGCUUCUGUAUUGGUUUGUGCGGCUCUUCGGGUUUCUUAGCUUCUUUCUGUGUGCGCUAUGCGUUCCUCAUGUUUGUAUUUUCCAGUCUUUUCUACGAUAACGUACGACAGUGUGCUGGUUUGCGGUUGCUUAUGACGAUUGAUGUCUUUUUUUUGCGUUCUGAAGACUUUGAUAUUGAUGUGUAUAUUUCUUACUGUAGAAGUGCCGACUGCUAAAUCGAGCUUCCAUGUGCUUUCGUUUCCAUAGCGCUCGUAGCUGCAAUGGAGCAUGCGCGAAGUCAUUUCGAGUGGCAC